AUGGGAGCAUGUGCAUCAUAAAAAAAUCCUAAUACAGAUAAUAAGCCACCUUUAGUUCCAGAGCCAGAAAUUACUGAUGAAAAUGUUAAGAGAAUAAAAUAACAAUUUGAAGAUUUAACUUAAUUAUUAGAAUCUGUAAUUUUAUUAGAUAUCGUUAGAUGAGUUAAGAAUUUAAAACUAUAACUGAUAACAUAAUAAAACUCUAGUAGUCAUAAUAAUAACAAAUAGAGAAUUGA